UUGAGACAAAAAGGACCAUGUACCAUCCUCCUCCCUCAUUUUUCGUCCAGCACUACUCCAGCAAGACCAAGGAAGCUCUCAACCCUCAUUCUCCAUUGUUGAAGGGAGCUCAUCAAGGAAGAAUCUCAAGAAAAGGAAUUAAGGUGCUAAAAGGGUGAAAAAUUAAGGAACUUGAUUAAAGUAUUUUUGAGCUUCGCCGGAGUUGGUCAAAGUUCGCCGGAAUUAGUCAAAGUUCAAUCGAGAAGCGUAGAACGCGCUUAAGCUCACUUAAGUUUCAGGUAGAACUUGAAGGUUGCUACUAUUGCCGUUGCUUUCGGGAGGAUCCAAGGAGUGAAGACGUGGUUCGUGCUUCCUCCGUUUCCAUUUUUACAAACUAUUUAAAUUAAUGCUCAUGGAUAUUAUUUUUAAAUAUUUAUUUGGGGGCUUUGUAUGCCCAUGUUUGCCAAGGUGUGGCAUGAACACUCGUAUUGAAUGUUUCUGCUGCUUUAAAUGAAUAUUUUACAUUAUGUUUGUUUAUGGAUGUACUAUGUGUGAAUGAUAUUCCAGACGCCUUGUAUAAUAUGGAUGUGUUGGACUGCGAUUGACUAUUCGUACUGUACGGCGGAUUGUUGACGUGUCCGGUUAGGUCCGGGGCGUGACAGACCAAAUGGGGAAGACUGAUGCAGAUUCAUAGCUAUUUUAUGGAGUCUGUGGAAGAGGAGAAAUGGAUGUGUCUGGAAAGACGAAUGGCAAGGAGCGGCAGAUGUUAUCAACUCAGCGACGGGAAUUAUCUCGGGAUGGAGAUCAGAGAUGCGCAAGGUUCUGAGAGUACAGAUGGGUCUAGGAGAGAAAAUAAUUCCUUGACGGUUUGGAAGCGUCUGCAAGAGGGUUUUGUAAAGAUUAAUGUUGAUGGGGCGGUGGAUGAAAGCACACAUACUAGGGCCUGGGGAUGGGUGGCACGAGACCAUUAUGGUAAUUUCUUGAAGGCAAGAGGGGUCUCCGAAGCAACUAGUUGGUCAGUGGUGGAAACAGAAGCAAUGGGUGUUCGGGAUGCUUUGAUGGGAUCGGCUGAGGCAGGUUGGUCACAUGUGGAGGUGGAAACAGAUGCUCUCUCGGUGGUCCAGGGUCUAAAAAUGAAGGGGGGUCUUCUUGCCUUUUCCUUAUUCUUGAUGAUAUUUGGCAUUUACUAAAAGAUAAGAGUAAUUUCAUUGUCUCUUUUUGUAAACGAUCCGCGAAUCGUGUUGCCCCUGCUUUAGCAAGAGCACAUGUGUCAAUCUCGGAUCAGUACUAUUGGUAUGAUAGUAUUCCUGACUCUAUUGUAAGCCUAUUGGCGCAUAAUUUGGUGAAUUAAUAUAUCUGUCAGUUGGAGUAAAAAAAACAAAUUC